AUGUCGACUGCAAGCAUCGGAGUCAUCGUCGGCAGCCAACGGGUUCCCCGUUCCGGACUGCAGAUCACCCAGUUCGUCCUGAAGACCAUCCAGAAAGCAUACCCGACCGCCAACUUGCGUCUGAUCGAUCUCGCGACCUGGAAUCUCCCCCUGUACAACGAACCGGGCAUCCCAUCGUUCCUCAACUCGCCGGAGGAAUACACGCACGAGCUGACCAGGAAGUGGUCCGAGGAGAUUGCCUCGCAUGCGGCAUUCAUCUUUGUCACCCCGCAGUACAACUGGGGCUAUCCGGCGAGCAUCAAGAACGCCAUCGACUAUAUCUACCAUGAAUGGAAGGGAAAGCCCGGGAUGAUCGUGAGCUACGGCGGACGCGGCGGUGGCAAGGCCGCCCAGCAGCUGCAUCAGGUGCUCCAGGGCCUUGGUAUGCAGCCCGUCGAGCCUCUUGUCGCUUUGACGUUUCCUACGCAGGCGUUUACGGGGAGAGCGAUCAAGGGAGAGGAUCUGGGAGUGCUGGAGGAUGAAAGUAUCUGGAAGGAUGGUCGGGAGCAAAUCCUUACGGCGUUCCGGGUUCUGUCCGACUCGUUGUGA